AUGUUGUCUUCAGCAGCGAGGGCGGGUGCCUCACUGGCCCUCCGAGCCCGCCCGACGACCUCGAUCACCCCCUUCCGUGCGGCCGCCGCCCUGUCGUCCUCUUCCCGCAAUGAUGCCGCCAGCGCCGUCCAACCACACGCCGGAUUUGGGCUCUCUCCCCGCAAGGAGGUGCCUCUGGCCAGCCAGGAGCCUACCAAGGGCGUCAUUCAAUACGCGCUCACCACCCUCGACAUCGUAACCAACUGGGCGCGUCAAUCCUCCCUCUGGCCCAUGACCUUCGGCCUAGCCUGCUGCGCCGUCGAGAUGAUGCACCUCUCCGCACCGCGCUACGAUCAAGACCGACUGGGCAUCAUUUUCCGUGCCUCCCCGCGGCAGUCCGACGUGAUGAUCGUCGCCGGCACGCUGACCAACAAGAUGGCGCCCGCCCUGCGUCAGGUGUAUGACCAGAUGCCGGACCCGCGCUGGGUCAUUAGCAUGGGAAGCUGUGCGAAUGGUGGGGGUUACUAUCAUUAUAGCUACAGUGUGGUGCGUGGUUGUGAUAGGAUUGUGCCGGUUGAUGUGUAUGUGCCUGGUUGCCCGCCGACGAGUGAGGCGUUGAUGUAUGGGAUCUUUCAGUUGCAGAGGAAGAUGCGGAAUACCAAGAUUACGAGAAUGUGGUACCGCAAGUAG